AUAUAUGGUCAAUAACCAUGAUGAUGAUUCUAUGCUAAGGGUACCUAAUAAUUCUAAAGAUGCUAUUGAGUAUAUACUUAAUAGUAAGGAUAUUGAUACUAUAUUAGGGAAGACAUCAUCUACACGUCGUACUAACUUCAGAAGACUAGCCUUAUUAGUGCAUCCAGAUAAGUGUAAAGAUGAUGAUAGAGCAACAGAUGCCUUUAGACGCUUAGUAGAUAUAAUGGAAAAGGAAGGGGAGGAUAAUGAUGAUGAUAAUAAGGAGGAAGUAUAUACUACAUGGAGGUGGUGGGAGGCAUCUACAUUUGAGGAGAGGGAGAGAUUAUGGUCUAAUCUAGAGGAGGCAUUUACCAGGGAGAUGAGGAUGGCUAGAGAUAAAGAUGAGGAAAGGAGACGAUUAAGAAUAGAAAGGAAGAGACAACAUGCCCAAGCCGAACGUGCUGCUGUUGAUACCACCGACCCCUACUUUAAAGCUGCUGCGAAAGCUGAGGUUAACAGUUUUGAUAGGCGAACUGCAGGAUGGAGGGCAUUUAAUAGGAAGAAGAGGAAGAAGAACUGUAGAUAAUGUAUCAUAC